UUGUGUGCAGAACGGUGUCGCGUUCCAGUCGAUUCUUCAUUUUCCUCUCAGUUCACUGCCGGAAGCCAUACUAUGAUAGUCAAACCAGUUCUCCUGGCGGUAAUCGCCAGCUGCAUGCAGAGCAGCACGGCCAAAUGGACUUCCUACGAAAGUGAUUUCGAAUUCGAAUGUCCAAGUCUCCAUCACCUCAACAGGAUGAACAGCCAAUACAAUGGUAGAAACGACAGAAAAUGGGAGUACGGUUGUACGGAAGGAUUCGUGGGAGAAGAUUGUAUUUGGAGCGAAGAUAUGGUCGAACAAGAAGGCAGCAUUAUCUUCUACUGCGGCAAUGAUGAGGGUGAUGAUCUUGAUACACUCAUGAAUCCACAAGUCAAGCCAGUUAUAACCGGUGUUAAGUCUCGUUACAACGGUGGUAAAGGAAGGAUCUGGACUUACAAAUGCUGUAAGCUCAAUACGAAACCUGCGACUGAAUGUAGAACCGAGCGUGACAUCAACAAGUGGGGUGAAACCAUGGUAAAAGACUUUCAGGUCGAUCGAGCGAUGUACGGACUCACCUCGUUCAUCCCGGUGGAAAAAUUGGAACAGGGCAACAGAGGCGACCGCGUAUGGAGCAUCGCUACCUGUUUGUACGUCGGUUGUCAGGUAAGGAAGCUCGAAGUUGUAAACCCCAUUGAAACCGUCGAUGAGGGAGAGACCAUGAUAGGAAUCAAUGCUGACCAGACCUGCAGUAAAGAUACGUCAACGCUCAAAUUAUACAGAACCGACUCCGUAACCCGAACUGCGGCUUUUACCAUAGCAAAUGGUCGUGAAUACAACUGGGCUACUUCGCUCCAAGUCAGUGCCACAUUAACUGCUGGAUUCCUUGGUUCUGGUACGACACUAAGCUUUGGUGCGGAACAUACACGAGGCGGAGCCACAACCAUCGAGAGGGCAGAAACGGAUGAAACGAGUACAGGUUCCGAGGACUCGACUGGUAAGGAUUUGUCAUACCAAGGUCCUGGUGCGGCUAUGAUCAUCGGCACCAUCAACAGAUACAGGCUCAACACCAACGACAUUGACAUCGACGUCAUCUCUACCUGCGGCGACGGUACCGAAUGGCGAAAGACGGUGCAGAUGAACGUGCGCGGUACGACCUAUGGGAAGGCAUUCUACCGCACGCGACGGGCAACAUUCCUGCCCGGACGAUGUGGCUCAGAGACAGAGAACUGCAUCGGCGGUAUAAGCGGAGGGAAUGACGCUGAUACAAUCUUUCGACACUUUGAAAACUGCAUCGGCGAUGCGGGUGAUGUUAGCCGCAUUAGCCGCAUGUAAGAACUUCAUGGAAAAGUCAUUAUGAGAAUAAAAUUGAUCGAACCAACAAUUCUUUGUCUCAAUAUUGCAUGUACCUAGAGUCAUUCAAAUAAAAAGACGCUGAUGUAUCCAAGGCAUCGGUAGCGUAGUGAAAGCGCACUGGCAAAUCGAG